CGCCCCUAGCUCCAUUAAAAGCACCCCUUUUGUUGUCGACUCCACCCACACUCGUCCCAAGUACAGGAGGCGGCGCCAUGUCCCUUUUCGCGUCAGAUGACAGCUCCAGCAUGUGGUCCACGGCCGGCUCGCUCUUCAACAUCUCCAGCCCACUCUCCGACUUGCUGGACAAGGAAGACUACACGCUUGAACAAGUUCUGGAAGAAGACGAGUUGAUUCAAGAAGUCAAGUCGAGAAAUGUCAAGCUCUUGCAGUUCUUGUCCAAAGAAGAAACCGUGCGCAAAUUGGUGUACUAUGUCACGCGAAAGGCCGAGGAUGGCGACGGGGACAUGAUUGCGAUCAAGUAUCCGUUCAUGUCGUGCGAAGUGCUGUGCUGCGACAUCAUGUGCAUCACUGAAACGUUGUCGACGGCAUCGAACGGCGCCAUCGUCGAAGAUUUGUUUGGGUUGCUAAGUCAACCCGCGCCGCUCGAUUCGCGCUUGGCGGGGUACUUUGAAAAGAUUUUGUCGCUGCUGAUGAUCCGCAAGCCGCAAGAAGUGACGGAACUCAUGAACAAGAACGCGGACACGCUGCUCGACGGAUUCGUCACGCAUUCCAUUUCGUACUCAAUCGCUGAAAUGUUCAAGCGACUCAUGCAGCCCUACCAAGGCGACUACAUGGACGACAUGGACUUUUCGCACCCGUACGGGUCCAACGGCGGCCCUUGGUUCUCAUCAUCCAGCGACGAAGAUGACCUUAGCGCCGUGGGCACGCCGCAGUCGAAGAAGACGCUGUCGUGGCAAACCGACCGCCGCGUUGUGGACAGUCUGGUCCAGAACCUCCGCCCCGCCGACGACAAGGACGACCCCAUCGACAGCGACGUGCACAAGCACACGGCGGAAAUCUUGAGCGACAUCAUCCACUACGGCACGCGGUCGUCGGCCAACGAGCCCGCGCCCGCGUCGGCGACGCUGGUCGAGCACAUCGAGUCGGCCGAGACCGUUGACAAGAUCAUCGCGCUGGCGCUGCCCGCGGGCAACGCGUACACGACGUCAAUGACGUCGGCGCUGACUGUGCUGAGCGCGCUCUUGUCGCGCCAUGCCAAUACCCACUACAGCUCCACCAUCCCCGAAGAAACCCCCGUGGUCGUGUCGGCCACCGUAGCUCGCUUGCCUCAGAUUGCCCAAGCAUUGCGGGACGAAGCAGGCACAACCGUGAACCAACGACACCAAACGGUGCCCAAGCUUGGCCUCCGUCGGUUAAAGCUGGUGGGGUUGCUUGUGGUCCUCGUCCAAGCCAAGUACCGUGCGAUCGACGCCGUGAUUCUGUCCGAGAACAUGAUUGCGCUAUGCUUGGAUUUGUUUUUCACAUUUGAGUCGGUCAACAUGCUCCACGCCGAGAUCGAGUCGCUGGUCGUGGGCAUUUUGGAAAGCGGGGGACCGGACCUCCAAGUGGGUCUGUUGAAGCAGUCGAAUCUGCUCGGCCGCAUUCUCCAAGCGUACGAGGCCAACACGGCGGCGCUGCAGGAAUCGCCGGCCAACGCCAAGGGAUAUAUGGGGCACUUGUUGCGCAUUUCCAACGUGAUUCUCAACAUCACGGACGAGGUGAAAGGCGUCGACACCCGCGGGUCGCUGAACGACAUGACACAUGCCGACAGCAUCGUCGAGUACUUGGAGGCCGACCCGAUGUGGGCCCAGUGGGAUGAGUUUGUCAAGACAACCGUGGCCGACGCCAACGACAAGGACCGUCACGCGUUGGGCGGGUCGGUCGUAUCGCACCCUGUGGACGACCCGUACGGAAUCGGACGUUUUGACCACCCGCCCAUCGGAUCGUUUGCAGACAUGCUCGAGAGCGGCGACCAGAGCCACUUUGACACGGACUUUGACCUGCCCCAGGACAACGACAUCCCCGCCAUGAUCAGCGACAGCAGCAGCAGCGACGAAGAUGAGGACUUCACCGAGUUUGACCCUCGGUCCAUCCACCGCUCCAACCACCCACAAGACAGCAAUGUGAUCCCGGUCGUGCCGCUGGAUUCGCCCGACUUGGUCAUGGAGCAAGCAGACAAGUCCAUGGACAACUCGAACUGGGCGAAUUUUGACGCUGUUGUCCCGUCGUCGCAAGAGCAAGCGUUUGCCAAUUUCGACGAGGCGACGACGACCCCGCCGCCGCCGCCUGCGCCGACCACACCGACGGAACAACCUUAGGCCAAUCGUGUGUGUUCAUUCAUUUCAUGAGAUAGGAAUAAGAAGGCCAAAUUGUAUAUAAUUGGCAAUCAAUUCCUGUCCCAUCGACUCUUUUUCGCGGGCGUCGGCCCUUGCUCGUCUACUUUGUCCCAGCGGCUUUUCCGGAUCGGAGCCGACGACUUGACAAACGUCAUCCGGUGCUGCGGGUCGGCAUGUCGAGGACGUGGGGGGGGUGGGGGGGGUG